AUGGCGCCGCAACCUGCACGCUCGGGGAAAACCGCACCCUCAAAGACGCCCACAGGACCUCUACACAAGAGGCCCGCUGAACACCAAGUGUCCCCCCUGAGCGAAUCGGAGAAGGAGGCCAUCCAAAAGCGUAUAGAGGGCCGAGCCACAGUCCCGCCCAAAAUCAGGGACAGCUUCAAGCAUUUUUUCUUCUCGCCCACCGGAACAUUGAAAGUCGUGAGGCUGGGUCUUCUCAUGGAAGCAUUAGCUUGUUUCGUCAUCUCCAAAACCCAUGAGUCAUACAUAGCAAUCGCAGUGCUGGAAACCUGCAUCGUUCUUUUCUUUAUUCUAAUCUAUAUGCUAACCAUUCACCGCUUGAUGACUUGUAUACAUUGGCCCUUACUUGAUCUUAUCAACAGUUUCAUUACAGCUGUGUCCCUUUUCAUAGUUGCCGCCUUUACAAUGCAAGAAAAGGAACAAAAGCGUCUACUGUAUGUCGGAGGGGCCCUGUGUUUCGCGGCGGCAAUCGUGUGUCUCGUCGAUGCGACUAUAGUCACCAAAACGAUGAGGAAUAAAGUGAAAAGAGUCCUGGGAAUCGAAAGCGAAACCAGGUCCUCCCCUUCCCGGGUAGAACCCACCCCAAAACCCGCCCCAGCGGGACCCACCCCGACGCCCGCCCCAUAA